UCUAGGAGUACUCCACCCUCGCUGAGUGAGAAGCCAGAUAUCGCAGGUAGAGGAAACCGAGAUCACUCCUGCUGAAGCGAUAGGUGCUGCCAGCUGGCCUCAUCUGAGCGCUGCCAAAGGGAUUUCACAGCAUGUCCAUGCAGCAGAGAAAGAACAGGGCUGUCAUAAUUGUCAAUUACGCAUUCUGCAGCAGGACUGAGCCACUGCAACCCAGGAAAGGGGCCAAGAGAGAAGCAGACAAGCUGUUUAAAGCAUUAUCCAAACUCAACUAUGCAGUGAAGUUGUACUAUGACCAGGCAGCCAAAGACAUAGAGGAGAUCUACCGGCAAGAGAGCAGGGAAGAGCAUGGUGAUUGCUUUGUCAGCAUUCUGUCCAGCCACGGCGAGGAGGGGGCAAUAUACGACUGCUGGGGAGAGCUGGUCAAGCUAACAAGGAUUUUCCAGAUAUUAUUGCCACGAAGGUGCCCAGUGCUAGCUGGAAAGCCCAAGAUCUUCUUUAUACAGGCCUGCCGUGGGAAUGUGACGGAUCCAGGUGUGUGGGUGGAGACGGACAGCGGCCGGCCCCCAGCAGACAGCUUCUCACACUACCUCUCCAUCCCUGACAGCACGGCCGUGAUGUUCGCCUGCAGUCCAGGCUACAGCGCUUUCCUCAAUCCGCUGGGCUCCAUGUUUCUCCAGACCUUGCUAGAGUUUCUGGAAGGCGAUGAGCGGCAUCUUGAACUUGCACGUCUAAUGACCCGCAUCAGCUGGAAAGUCGCGUUUCAUUGCGAAGCCAAAGGGCCACACCAGGGACACAAGGAAAUGCCCUGCUUUGUCACCAACAUGGUGCGAGAGGUUUAUCCAUUCUCCACCCAAACCACAGAGACCGUCAAACUCUGAGAACUUGGAUCUCGCCGGAGGGAGCCACCAGCUGCUUUCCAACCCUUUCAGGAGUGCUGUGCAUGGCCAGUGACUGCAAAGGGAACCACAGAGCGCGUGAGGGCCAGCAGCAUUUCUGUCCCGACAGUUUAUCGAGUCCACGGGACUAGGACUUUUGUGCUGUAUGAGCAAAUGAAGGGCCAUGCACCUCUCCAGUGCUCUAUGAAUAAUAAAACUAACAUUGCACUAUUAUUUAAAACACAUUCUAGAGACUGAGCUGUUUGAUUCUGGGCCAGCUUGUAGCUGCACAAUCGUUAAAGUUGCAACAGCCCGUUUACAACUACAUUUUCCAAUCUCUAAUAUCCACAUACACAAUCAGAGCAGUUUGAAAACUGGUGGCCCAGUUCCAGGCCCAAAGUAGAGUAUGUGAAGUAAAUCAGAGUUUAUCUGGUUAAGGAAUUCCUGAGUUAGGGGCCACUCAGCUAUUUUGAACUCUUUCAACUUUCUUUC